AAGCGGCAGAAAUUACUUUCAAAAAAGUGCUGUGACGCUACCCAUCCUGAAUCCUAUUUAUAUCACAUACGAUGUCGAGUGAACCUCUGCCAAAGAGGCAAAGACAGUCCUCUGAUGGAGUUGAGGGGACUCGGCCAAGACGUGAGAGAGAUUUCGACGCUUUGUAUCCCUUGACCCAGCUGCCAAAUAAACAGGAUCAUGAUUCCUUGUGCAAGGAAUGCAGAGUUCUAGACGAGGAGAUUUCUUGCCACAGUCUGAAGGACUUUACAUACAAAGGAAAGGUUUUGCGCAGCAAUCUCGCAAUAUUUACAGUCGGUUCUUGUGCAAUGUGCCAAUUCAUCAACCAUAGCAUUCGCUCCCACGUCGUGAGAUCCCCAAAUGGAUGUCAGGAUUCGUUUGAUUUGUUUCAACUGAGGAUUUUCUCGGCGACAAAAUCAUUUUUCUGGCUUUAUGAAUCUGGCAGAAAGGACUUCGAAACCGUACCCAUGCUCGCUGUUGUGUUUGAACCAAUUUUUCACCAAAAGGACGUGUGCAUCAAUUCCAUUAAAGACAUUGUGCCGGAGUUUUUGAUACCAAAAUAUCCUGGGCUGUCUUCCCUGAGCCUCUCGGCUAAAACUGUCAAAGCUGACAGUGUAGAUUUCGGGUUUAUCGAACAGUCAAUCAGUUACUGCGAUAAAUAUCAUUGCUGUAGUAAACCAGUCUAUUCUCAAGUUCGCAUCACGGUCUAUGAUUUCAGCAGUGAUAAAACAGUGGAAGUGGAACUUCCAUGCAAGUAUGUGGCUCUGAGCUAUGUCUGGGGAGAACCUGACCCAAACAAGAUGGAACGACCUGAUGUGAAGCCGAGAGUGGUCGAGGACGUCAUACAGAUUGCUAGGCAACUUGGAAUUCAAUACAUAUGGGUGGACAAGUACUGCAUUGACCAGAAAGACCCACAGAAGCAACUGGACUCUAUGUAUGCUAUAUACAACAAUGCGUAUCUUACAGUUGUCGAUGGGGCGGGAUCCAAUAUGCACAAUGGCCUCGUUGGAGUCUCGACGCCCCGGACUGGGAAUCAGGAAGUUAUCAAACUGGCCGAGAAAUCGUGGGUUUCUACAUUGAGCAAUCCGACUUUUUUGUUUGCAAAGUCGGCAUGGAACUCCAGAGGCUGGACUUACCAAGAAGCCAUGGCAUCUCCACGACUCCUCAUUUUCACUCGGGAGCAGGUUUAUUUUGAAUGCAAAGCAAUGAUUGGGUGGGAGUCCCUUCAUAUCCCAUUAGAUGCUUAUCAUAUAAAGCAGAGGUCCCGGCUCAAGAGAGGGCUCCGUGAGCCGGUUUUUUGCUUAGAAACCGCAAGGCCAAAGCACUAUGACGACAGGGCAGACUUUCCUCGAUACAUUACCGCUUAUACACGCCGUACGCUGAGGAAUAGCUUCGAUUCAUUGAAUGCUAUCAAAGGUGUACUUGGCUUCUUGAAAAGAUACCCGGAGCGUUCUAUCCACACUUUCUGGGGAGUUCCUCUUUAUGCAUUGGUUCCGGAAGAUUAUGCAUCUGCAUUGACUUCUGGAAUGGCAUGGACGUUCUUAAGGCCUCAGAAACACCCUACAAACAAGCAUAUUCGCAGACGGCGCAUUUUUCCCAGUUGGUCUUGGGCGGGAUGGGAGGGAGUUGUGGGGUCCUUUGAGCUUAGUGAAUGGAAUCACUAUACUAAGCCUUCUAUUGGAAUUCAAGUGGCCGAGGAAAGCGAAUAUUCAAUUCGGUGGUCCGAGUUCUGGCAGUCUAAAGGAAGCACGAGGGGAGGCAACAGGAAAAAUCUCUGGGCACACGGCCUGGAUCCGAAAACCGAUCGAAAUGCAGAAUAUAGCUAUCCAUGGAUUGAGAUCACUACGGGGUUUAUCAGAGUCAACUUGGUGUAUCUCACACCAUCAGACACUGAAAAAUAUGGUGUAGAGCAUGCAGAAUGCGACAAACCCGGCUUCUUCAUUGAUCCUCCUAAUGCUCGGUCUCGUUAUACACCUGUUGCCUUCCCAGAGGACUGUCCUGAACUGACAGCUGCCAAUGCAAGCUAUAUUUGCAACAGGCAAUGGGAUUGUAUUCUUUUGGGAUAUACGACUAAAGGAAAGGAUAACCCUUUUGUCAUGAUGCUUCACUAUAGUGACAAUCGUUUUGAGAGGGUGUGGGGAGGGCGGAUUCCGUGGAUUGAUAACUGGGAAAAGUCUUGUCCUCUAGAAGAACGUUGUGUGCGACUCUACUAAGUUAACAAUAUUUCACCACCAACCAUAGGGUAUCCAGAUAUCCAAGGAAAUCGACAGACAGAUAGGUCGAGGUCUGAUGACCCUACACCCUGCUUCCUUAAUUUUCAUCAAGCUUGUAUGCAGUAUAUCGAUCAUAAAUAUAACAUAAAAUCAC